AUGUGGUCCGUGCGCACGAUGCCGGCAUGUUUGGCCGUGCUUGCGCUGAUUCUCACGUGCAGGGUAUAUAGUGGCCCUCGUGACCGGCGUCGUGACCUCUCCUUUCUCCCCCGUGAUCAACUCGCCCCCAGUCUCCUGUCGCGCUCCCCGAGGCCGACGCUCCCCUCGUCGCCCCCGACAACGACGCCGGGCUCACUCUCGACAUUCUCGAGCUACACACCUAUCUUCCCCCGGGAUAUUGAUUCGGGCCACCCCAGCACCCGCUGUCGACUGCCUAUCGGAGACACAAUGGCCACAGCACCCCCGCCUAACCACGAUCCCUCCCUCGCGCCUACCGGUGCUCCUGCGCCGCCACAACCACCUCCAGGCUCCCAGGCUCCCCCCGGCAUGCCCGGCGAUGCCGCCAUGCCCAACGCCUUCGGUAACCUCGCCUCCGAGCAAGUCAUGGCCAUCCUCAGCAAGAUACCGGGCUUCGGCAACAUGAGGGGUGAUGUUAAGGACUCUGCGGCCGCGGAGGCGCUGUCAAAUCUCGCCGCACAGGCGUCGUUUCAGCCACACCAUCCAGGGCACAUCCCGCACCCCCACCAGCCCCCGCCGUACCAUGUCGUCCACCCGCAUCAGCCACCACACCCGCAUGGGCUCGGCAACGAGCCGGGCCCGUCGACGCACCCGCGCGGCCCCCCAGAUCUUGGCCAGUUGGCGCAAACGGCACUGCAGAACCCGCCACCCGGCGGCCCGCCUGUUUCUGCGCCGAUGCGAACACGGAGCCAGGAUGCGCCAGAUGCACCCCCGCCCCUUGACGGCGACGCAUCUUUAGGCGCGAACGGAGACCUCUCACCGGAGGGCACUCCAGAUAACACAGAUAUAGUGGGCGCCGUAAAGUCGGCAUCAGGCGGGCGUCGGGGGGGACGUGCCGCCAACAUGAGCAACGACGAGUGGACACGGCAGAGGAAGGACAACCAUAAAGAGGUUGAGCGCCGGCGGCGUGGCAACAUCAACGAGGGAAUCAACGAGCUCGGCCGCAUCGUACCCAACGGCUCUGGCGAGAAGGCCAAAGGCGCGAUCCUCUCCCGCGCCGUGCAGUACAUCCACCACCUCAAAGAGAACGAGGCGCGGAACAUCGAGAAGUGGACGCUAGAAAAGUUGCUCAUGGACCAGGCAAUGGGCGACCUGCAGGCGCAGCUCGAGGAGAUGCGGCGCAUGUGGGACGAAGAGCGCAUCGCACGCCAGCGCGCGGAAAGCGAGCUCGACGUUCUUCGGGGGUUGCAGCAGGGCCUCCCGCUCAGCGCCGCCGCUGCAGCCGCUGCCGCGGCGGUGGCGAGUGCGAACGCGAAUGCACCGAUGCCUCCGGGCCCGGCGCCAGCCCCGGCCGCCGCUCCCAACGCCCCCUCUGCAUCUGCCACUACGCCUGCUCCUAGCUCCGCCCCUGCUUCCGCCCCCGCCGCACCGCCCUUGGAGGCGCGCCGCUCCAAGUCCCCGGAGACGUCGAAGGACGGCAAUAAGCGGGAGAGAGACGAGUCGGACGGGCAGGACGCCGCGGCGCCCGCGGGCGAGAGCGAGUCGGGGGCGAAGCGGCAGCGGGUGGAGUAGUCUUCCCUCGCGCACAGACGCAGCCUGCCUGUAGGAUUGUCUGGUGCUCGUCUCGUCUCGUUGCUCUGUCUUUCUUCGUUGUCGUCGUUGUGCUGGAUUGUGUCUUGCAUGAGUCUCGUAGUGUCUUU